ACUUGGCAUUCUGGGACACAAACAGUGGUCGGUAUGAAUAGCUUUAACGGCAUCAGCGUCCACUGUGGACGGAGGACGGCGAAAGAAACAACAUCACCGAGCUAGCAGGAGGACCAACCAGGUUUUUUUUCAUUUCUUCUGACUUCUGUGGCCGUGUUUGUUGCUUCGUUUCCACGGGAGAAGACGACGCGGAGGCCAGCAGCCACGACGGUAGAGUCUCUGAAAUGCAACGCUGGACUUUCUACACGCAGAGUUAUUUAAGCUCACGACAGGAGUGGGUUAGCCGUGAUUUAUGCUAACCAGUGUGCUCCCGUUAGCUGGAUGGCGAUGCAGGUCGGGUCAUAAGAAGUUGACAUUGUGGUACCACUUUGAUUCUAGUCUUAAGUCUAAAAGAGUGCUGGGUUGUUUUGUCACCUCCGUCCUGACUGCUCUCUCCAUCCUUUGACUUUGUCCCGGGCUGAGAGCUGGAAACUGAGUAUGGCGAGUGUUUCGGGCAGAAACGACAAACCUGGCACUUUGAAGUCAUUGGACCGGCGAUGUGAUCAGCUGGUGUAUCCGAGAUAAACGUUGUUACAUUGGUAAUGUAAUGGCAAAGGAAAGUGACGGAUUUCAUCUUUGUGUCCCACGUCACAGUUGCGUAACAAUGUGCUGAAGUCAUCUACUAAAACAUCAUAGAUUAUUGCUUUUGUUGAACCUCAACAAACAGAUUGCUCGACAUGAACUUCUAUUGGAUGUGAAGACUUGUCUGGAUAUCUCAACCCCUCACAGCUGUCUACAGGUCAGGUCAUCUGAGCCGUGCUGCUGGCCCCCCAGAGCUCACCUGAGGGCCAACAUGUCAAUAUCAGGGUCCACGAGCAUGCAGAUUUUCACCAAGCUUGUAAAGCAUGCAGUGGGUAAGGCGCAGAUUCAGCUGAACCGCUGGCUGCAGAGGACUGCCACAGAGGAGUGUGACAAAAUCGACAUCCUGAUAUGCAGCGCCUUCGAUGAGACAGGGGCCGGCGUUGGGAAAUCAGACGGGGACCCCGAGGUCGUCAGUGCUGCAGGGGGAACAACCUUCAGCAACAGCGGCGAGUUCAGGCACCCAUGCUGCAUCACCACCUUCUGCUUCAAGAGCGCCCUGCUGGCAUGCAUCCUGACCGCUGUGUGCUUCUCCUCGGUCGCCCUGGUGCGCCAAUACCUCAAGGACCUGCUGCUCUGGGUGGAGAGCUUGGACAGCUUUGUGGGAGCCAUGCUGUUUAUAGUUGGUUUAAUUAUCGUGUCGUUCCCUUGUGGAUGGGGUUACAUUGUUCUUAAUGUGGCAGCUGGCUACCUCUACGGCUUUGUGCUGGGGAUGGGACUAGUUAUGGUUGGAGUUUUGAUUGGGACCUUUGUGGCACACCUGGUGUGCAAACGACUAUUGACUGACUGGGUGCUGAACAAAGUUGGGAACAGCGAGCAGCUCAGCGCCGUCAUCAGAGUGGUGGAAGGAGGAAGUGGACUCAAAGUUGUGGCCUUAGCAAGACUCACCCCCAUACCUUUUGGGCUACAAAAUGCAGUUUUCUCGAUCACAGACGUGUCCUUGCCAAACUACCUGGUGGCCUCCUCUGUGGGUCUGUUGCCCACACAGCUUCUCAACUCUUACCUGGGCACCACGCUUCGCACCAUGGAGGACGUCAUUGCCGAGCAGAGCGUCAGCGGCUACUUUGUGUUCAGCCUGCAGAUCGUCAUUAGCAUCGGCCUGAUGUUCUACGUCGUGCACCGUGCUCAGGUAGAGCUCAACGCAGCCAUCGCCGCCUGCCAGAUGGAGCUGAAGUGUUCACACAUGAACGGCUCCUCCGCCAAUCACAGCGGAUUCACCUACUGCAGCAAGAGGGCGACAGCGAGCGCUGGAAACUGCAUUAACGUGGUGUGAUUGAGGACUGAAACCCCCAGGCAGUAAUCUGUACAAGCCUGGUCACUGACUUGUAAAAACCUCCGAGCUAAAGGGAAUCGAGCCGAGUAACGAUGAUGUCUCUGGAACAUGUUCUAGUGCUGGUAUGAAAUGUUCAAACGUCUUUGGUCGGUACAAAGUUGUAGAAGUGUGGGUCCAAGAAGAAAUGAUGCUGAUGGAAAUGGUUUUGUGCUACAUCGUCUUGGGAGUCUUUGUUUAGUUUUUUGAAAUGAUUUUCCUUAAGGUACUUAACAUUUACUCUGUUACAGGAGAUGUCAAUGAAAUGAUGAUAUUGAGUAAUAUCAGAGGUGGCAGAGUGAGUGAGUUAUUCAAUAGAAGCUAGGCUAAAACUGCCUGCUAACACAAUGAAUGUGCAAUCUGGAGCUUUCCUAGAGAACCAAGGAACCACAUUUCCACUUCAGUGUCAAAGAAUGCCAGCCUAUGCACCUUUCUUCUAUACUACAUCUGUUGUGUCUCUACUAUUAUUAACUUUCUAGGUCUAGUGCUAAUUCUCAACAUAAAUAAUAAGGGCAUUAUUGAUCUUUUUUUUUAAAGAUGUGUCGGUGAGAUUUAGUUCAGAACAUUUUUGUUAAGUGUCUUAUUUUUGGACUAUUGAGAGAGAGAGAGAGAGAGAGGGGGAAGCUCUCUCACUGAGCAUCUCUGACCGUAUGAUUUCUGCUGGCGUACCACCACAUCAGCAGAUUUGGCCGUGUCUGCCUGAAGUUCAUUUUAGCGCUUCUGCAGUUUUGAUAAGAGCAGCUGGAGAGGAGAGCAUAUUUCACAGCAGGAAACUCAGGAAUGUUUCUGCCAGGAAAGUAGAAAGUUGCAGCGUGAUCAGCUCCUCCAGCAGCACAGCCAACAUGUUCUGCUGCGGAGAGAUUCCCACACCAAACUGAAACUGAGAUGUCCAGCUUUUCCUGAGAAUAUUUCUAUCUCCUUUUGAUUUGACUUUACCUUCGUUUUUCGUUUUAUUUUUGUUUGUUUUUCGCCGAAAGAGAAUCUUACAAUCUUACAUUAACAUACUUUUUGGUUAGGGUCGUAGUUUUGACAAUUCUGUGCAAUAUGAUGAAAUGGCAUGAAUGUCAUAUUUCAGUGCUGAAACCAAACUAAUCAAUAAUGCAUAAAAAAAUAACAAGAUCUGUGUUGAUCGAAGGUUUUUACUUGCAUUAUAGAAAUGGUGAACUAGAUGAGGCAGAGAGAGGCUGUUAUUUUUUUUUUGUGCCAUAAUUUGAAAAACACUUCUCAGAUGCCAUGACACUGGCCCUACCUGAGGCUACAUGUGACUUACUUCUUUUAUGACUUACUGUUGUUUUUAAAUGUAUCUGUGAAUAAUCCUUUCUUGAUUAAGCUCUUAAUAAUAUACCAACAAAGCUAUCCUACUUAUAGAUUCUUUUGCACAGUCCACUACGACAAGAUUAUUUUCAUACAGAGACGUAAAACCAGGAAGGGGUUUGGUUGCACAAAGGUUGGAACUGUUGUGUCUCAGAAGCCGACAAUCAAACACAACACGGACACUUAAGUGAUGAAUGUGAUAAUACUUUUUAUUUUUUACAUUAAUUAUUGUGAUGCUGCUCCUCAGACAUGUCUGAUUGAGGAAUAAUAAGGGCUCUUGUGUGAAAUUUCCACCGUUAUGUCCCUGUAUUUUCUUUUCUACUAAUGCCUGUUAAAUAAUGCUGACAUAGCAUUGAUUUUCUUUCGCCAUCAAAGCCAGAUUUAAUGUCCCCCCCCCCCAAACCACACAUUCCAUGCUGUCAGUCCUCUAAAUCAGUGGUUCUCAACUGGUCUAGCCUCAGGACCCACCCCCAACUCAUGACCAAAAUAUCAGAUAUUUUUCAACCAAUCAGAUUUGCUCAAUGAACGAUUAUGUAGUUUGGACCUCAGACAGUACAAAAUGUGACCGAACAGAACAAGACUUUCAAAGACAUUUUAAAACCAUAUUUUUUCCAGGCACACAUUGGCGACCCAUGAAAAUGGCUCUGCGAUCCACUUUUAGGUCCCGACCCACCAGUUGAGAAACACUGCUCUAAAUCACUGUAGAGUUAUUUUUGAUGCUUUGUUUUGGUUGAAAGGGCCCCUUCCUGUCUGAAUUCAGCAAUAAUGUUUGAAAGCAAAAACAAUAUGAUAAAAGUCCUCCCCAAUAAGAUCUUUACCUAAGUGUUUACUUGUUUACUUUCUUUUUCUUUUCUUAAAAAGUGAACAAAAACUGCAUUGGAGUUGUCUGUCCCCUGUAAGGUUGAGUAUCAGUAUUCCCAGGUUUGUGUUUGACCUGCCUGUUACCUCCCGCUGCCUCUGAUGGAGAAUUUCUGCCAGUGAUAGGGAAGAGACACAAACAUGUCUGUGACCAGAACAGCUACAUUUAGAUUUGAAGGACUUUCUUCAGAAGGUCCCUAAACCCCGCCCAUCGCCUCACUCACUUUAAGCAAAUCAAACCCAAGUCAUUUCCCCUACUCUUUAAGAUUUGAUAAAAAGCUACAAGAAGACAGAGUUUAGUAACUUGUAUAAAAACCAUUUUUACACCAAUCUCACAAUCCAACUUUAAAAAAAAAAGAAGAAAAUCCCCAGUUUGUGAUGAGAAACAAUAACACAAAGCAUCCACCUGACACCAACGACCUCUGACCCUCCAAGGAAGUGCGAUUUCAAUGAAGCUGUUCUGUUCUUAAGUAAAAAAAAAUAAAAAAAUAACUGGAUGUUUAACCAUUCCUGAUUUAAAAAAAACACACCAGAAAAUGAAUCAUCUGUCCCAUCAAAAUAUCCUGGUCUUGGGAUUUACAAACUUGACAAUGUGGAAAAAAUGAGCAGUUUUCACAGUAAAGGUUUUGGUUCUUCCUAGGUGGGCUCUACUUAACUCUAGAUAUAGUUAUGCAACAACUGAUUCCUAAGGGAAGUACAUUUCAUGGACACACCCACACACACACACACGAGACCUGUAUCUGGGCUGUCACUGCACACCUGAACUGUUGUGAAGGAGUACAGUAUGACAUCAUGAAGUCAAAGGGUCAACCUAAAGGGUCUCGUUUGGUGCUGUGAAAUGCAACACUUCCCAUUUGUAUCAAGUGCAUUACACAAAUGCUGUAUUUUGUAAUACAGAGAAUUUUACAGUGUAUAAAUAUAGAUAUUUAUCACUGUACAAUGCUUGUUCAGUGUUAUUUAUGAGAGAGAAAAUAAAACUGUCUGACUUUUUA